UUUACAAACGAUUAUCGAAGUUUAAUAACUUUUAAUUAACGAACUUACGAUUUACAAAAUUAACCUGUGUAACCUAUGUUGACGACUGUAAAGUGAUUUUAACAUGGGUACAUGAAAAUAAAGGUUAAAGUGAAGGCCUGGUAUACUUUGUACUAUGUUUUUAUACUUAUAACAAACACUAUGCUACACAGCAGUAUAAAGAGAUGGGAGCAAGCACACACAUAUUUCUUGAAGAUAUUGAUAUCAUUCCCGACGUCCACAAAUUAUGCAGAUUAUGUCUCUGUAAGACAGAAGACAGUCUACCAAUUUACACAGACUCUAAACCAGAAACCUGUCCUAAUAUAGCAUUGCGGAUAUUGAUAUGUGUGGGGAUUGAGGUCUCAAUAGACGAUUGUCUGCCUAAUAAGUUGUGUAAGCAGUGCUACCAAGAAAUUGAAAGGUGCUAUAUAUUUCGGAAAAAAUGUGAAGACACCAACAAAAGGCUACAAUUACAUGCGGAAGCUGUGAGGGUCAAUAAAAAAAUAUUAGAGAACCAAAAUGUUGUUAAAACAUGUAAAUCGAAACAAAAAAACAUAAAAAAAGAAAAUGAUUCAUUAUUAGUUAGGAAAGAAACAAAAUUUGUGAAAACCUAUGCUAAUAGGUUAGCAAAAAAUAAAAAUAAUGGCAACUUGCACAGAGAUACAAAAGAAGAGAUACAAGAAAGUACAUCAAAAGUUGAGUCAGAAAUAGUGGAGCCUAGUUUUGAAGCAUUUUUAACAACAGUUCUUUUGCAACUCGGUGUAGUUGAAGCAAAAGAUGAAAAGAUGAUAUUACAGAACCCUAAUGUUAAGGCAUUAGAAAUUGAGACUGACAGUGGAAAGCUAUUGGUGGAGCUCACUGAGGAAGAUGAUCAGGAUAGUAAACAGAACAAUUUAAGUAACAAUAAUAUUAAUAUCAGUAAUAAUGUUAAUAACUGUAUUCAAACUUCAGAAGAAAGUGUUUCAAUAAAUUUGGAACAAGAUGUCAAUGGAGAUAAUGUUUGCAGAGCAGUGUCGGAGGUGGGUCAGAGGGUGUGGUGUGAGACAUGUGGCAAGCGGUUCACGUCCCGCAGUGCACUGCGGAGACACGAGCGCGUGCACUCGGGGGAGCGCCCCCACGCCUGCCGUAUCUGUCGGAGAGCCUUCGCACAACGCUCCGUCAUGCUGCGCCACGAGCUCGUCCACAGAGGUACUUGCCACCAUUGUAUUGUCACAUUAAUCUUUCUACAUUAUAAGAACAACUGUAGUAAUAUCUGUGCAAGUAUUUGCAGUACUUUCUAAUAUAUUAAUGUCUUUGGAUGAUUGUUUGAAACAUAAUGAUGUAAGUGUGCAAUGUGUGU